AGCAGAGCACCAUCAUCAUCAGAGAGAGAGGGGGACACAAAGAGACAGACAAACAGAGAGAGAGCCACUUCAGAGCAGCUUCAGCCCUCAGCAAGAGUGCAUGAAACACUUACACUUCAGAGCCAGAGUGACAGAGGACCUCUGGAAAAGGCAGAGGGUUCGACAGGGAGAUGAGUCUGGAUUUCUCCAAUUUGUCUGCUAGCUAUCAGACGGCGCUUGAUCUUGAAGACACUCUGAUGUUUAAACAGCUGUCUGAAAGUCUCUGGUGUUUUUGAGGACCAUGGCAAAUCUAAAUCUCAAUUGCUCCAGCCAGGAGUAUCCACAGCCCCUAGAGGACUCUCCCAAUCUAUACAACGGCAGCUCCUUGAACCACACCUUGAACCAGACCUGGAACCUGGAGGACUUCUGCUUGAGCAAUGAGGACCUGCUUAUUAAAUACCUGGGGCCCCGACGCUCCAGCGUGUUCCUGCCAGUCUGCAUCACCUACCUCACGAUCUUUGUGGUGGGAGUGUGUGGGAACGCCCUCAUCUGCAUCGUGAUCGCCCAGCACAAGGUGAUGAGGACGCCCACCAACUACUACCUCUUCAGCCUGGCCAUCUCCGACCUGCUGGUCCUUCUCCUGGGCAUGCCUUUGGAGCUGUACGAGAUGUGGAGCAACUACCCUUUCCUCUUCGGCAAAGGGGGCUGCUACUUCAAAACGUUCCUUUUCGAGAUGGUGUGCUUCGCCUCCAUCUUGAAUGUGACGGCCCUGAGCGUGGAGAGGUACAUCGCCGUGGUCCACCCGCUGAAGGCCAAGUACGUGGUGACCAGAACCCACGCCAAGAGGGUCAUCUUCACGGUGUGGUUGAUCUCCAUGCUCUGCGCCAUCCCCAACACCAGCUUGCAUGGGAUCUUCUACCUGCUGACGGGCAGAGGCAAAGUGGUGAAGGAGUCAGCUAUCUGCACCCUGGUGAAGCCACGUUGGAUCUACAAUCUCAUCAUCCAGAUCACUACCCUGCUCUUCUUCUUCCUGCCCAUGGUGACCAUCAGCGUGCUCUACCUCCUCAUCGGGCUGCAGCUGAAGAGGGAGAAGAUGCUUCAGGUGCUGGAGGCCAAGUCUGGCCUGGGCAGAGACAGCUACCAGAGCAGCCGUGCCCAGCAGCAGAAGUUGAGGAGGAGACAGGUCACCAAGAUGCUCUUCGUGCUGGUGGUGGUGUUCGGGAUAUGCUGGGCUCCCUUCCAUACUGAUCGGCUCAUGUGGAGCUUCAUCGAGCACUGGACAGGCGACAAGCACCUCCUCUUCCAGUACAUCCACAUCCUCUCUGGGGUCUUCUUCUACCUCAGCUCGGCCGUCAACCCCAUUCUCUACAACCUCAUGUCAACACGCUUCCGGGAGAUGUUCAAGGAUGUCAUGUGCCAAGGGCCACACCAGCCAAAUGGCAGGAAGUACUCCCUUAGCGUUACCCGGGUAACCACACGCAGCAUCGUGUGCGAGCCUCCCCCCGGCAACGGGUCGGCACUCCCUGACGUGGAGGAUUACGAGCUCUACCUUGAGUGCAACAACGAAAACGAGACGUCCUUUGCUUAGCGCCGGGGCUUUAACCUCCAUCAGUUCCAUCACUUUUUGAAAACAACGAGCAGCGUGGAAGUGUCACUGAUGAUCUCACGUAGCACGAGACACAUCUCAUUCUAGUCCAGAAUCAACAAGCAUGUCAAGUGACAGCCAAGGCUGUGUAUUCAAAAUUAGUGAAACGUGAAAAAGUAAGAUCACUACAACUACUUCCACUGUAUGCACAUGUAAAAAUCUAAUUUCGACAUUGAUACAAAUAGACAGACAGAUGUGCUAGUCGGUGGUCAAUAGCCUAUGCUAGAGCAUGCCCAUACCAAAAAACAAGUGAAGAAAACUAAGCUUGGCAUGAAGAUGUGCAGACAAGGGGCUCCAAACACCCACCAGACUCUCUUAAUAAAUUAUUCUAAAUAAUGUCCUUUGUAAAGCACAGGGGCAGCCUUUAUGAAGGUGGAAUGAAAGUUACAUCAUGUCCAAUUCAAUAUGGGUCACCUGCUUGAGUUCAGCUGGACAGUGCAUGUUUUUGGAAGAGUUCUGUAAGUAUGUUUCACUGUGACAUGCACACUGUCUGUGAAGUGAUCUUUGUCCUGC